GGGCGGAAGCGGGGCGGGCGGAAGCGGGCGGCCAUGGCUGCGGCGGCGGGGCCGGCGGCGCCGCGUACCAAGACCAAAAAGAAGCAGAAGCGCUUCGUGCCGCAGCGGGUGAAGGUGCCGCGGGCGGCCGACCCGCUGCUGGCCGUGCUGGCCUGGGGCGUCAACCACCAGAUCAACGAGCUGAGCCAGGUGCCCCCCCCCGUCAUGCUGCUGCCGGACGACUUCAAGGCCAGCUCCAAGAUCAAAGUGAACAACCACCUCUUCAACCGAGAGCACCUCCCCAGCCACUUCAAGUUCAAGGAGUACUGCCCCCAGGUCUUCCGCAACCUCCGUGAGCGCUUCGGCAUCGACGACCAGGACUACCAGGUGUCGCUGACGCGCAGCCCCCCCCACGCUGAGGACGGCGACCGCCGCCUGCUGCUGUCCUACGACCGCACGCUGGUGGUGAAGGAGCUGUCGAGUGAGGACGUGGCCGACGUGCACGGGCUGCUGUCCCACUACCACCAGUACGUGGUGCAGUGCCACGGCAGCACUCUGCUGCCUCAGUUCCUGGGGAUGUACCGCGCCAGCGUGGAGAGCGAGGAGAGCUACCUGCUGGCCAUGCGCAACACCUUCAGCCACCGGCUGCCCGUGCACAGGAAGUACGACCUGAAGGGCUCGCUGGUGUCGCGGGAAGCGAGCGAUAAAGAGAAGGGCAAAGAGCUGCCCACGCUGAAGGACGUGGACUUCCUGAAUAAGAGCGAGAAGGUGUACGUGGGCGAGGAGGACAAGCGGGACUUCAUGGAGAAGCUCAAGAGGGACGUGGAGUUUUUGGUGCAGCUGAAGAUCAUGGAUUACAGCCUGCUGCUGGGCAUCCACGAGGCGGGACGGCCGGCGCCUGAGGAGGAGGAGGACGGGGAGGAAGAGGAGGGGGGCGGCGGGGGGUGCGAUGAGGGGGGGGGCACGGCUGGGUCCUAUGGCACUUCUCCUGAGGGUAUCGGGGCAUAUUUCAACUGCCAUCGCCCCCCCGGGCCCGGAGAGUUCGAUCCCACCAUCGACGUCUAUGCCAUCCGCAGUGCUGAGGGAGCCCCCCGGAAGGAGGUGUACUUCAUGGGGCUGAUCGAUGUGCUGACGCAGUACGACGCCCGCAAGAAGGCAGCGCACGCCGCCAAGACCGUGAAGCAUGGGGCGGGGGCUGAGAUCUCCACAGUGCACCCCGAGCAGUACGCCAAGCGCUUCCUCGACUUCAUCACCAACAUCUUUGCUUAGCGGCGCCCCCCCCCACCCCUCCCCAGCACCGGGACCAGAGCCCCCCCCCCCCACAUCUCCAUCCUGGGACUGUGCCCCCCCCAGUGAGCCCCUCCCCCCCCCCCCCCCCGAUCUCUGGGUUUGCUUCUCAAGUGCCUUAACUUCAUGGAGGUGGGGGGCAGCGGGAGGGGGGGGGCAUGCAAUAAUAUUGGGGCUCCCCCCCACCUCCGCCCCCCUCCCUCAAUGUGAGGGUCAUUAAACACUAAUUGCUGGGGGGAGGGGGGGGGGCAGACCCCUAUUAUGAGUUCCCCCCUCCUCUCCCAUCAUCAAUGGGACCCGGGGCGGCUACCAGAACCCCCCCCCCCCCCCCCCCCGAAAAACCUCCGUUACCAGCAGGGCGCCCCCCCAGGGCCCCCCCCACCGUACACUGAAAUAAAUUAUUGAACCGUC